UUGGCGACAGCAGACUGGACCAGGUGUGGCCUGGCCGAGCCCGGCGCGGGGUGCCGUCCCGUCAAGUUUAAUUUAGUGGUGUUGUGGAAGUACCUAGUCCGGGCAGGAAGGGAAUCAGGUGAUGGCCCCUGCAGGUGUCCGUGCCGGAAGCCCCUUAAGGGCCAACACCUGUUUCAUAUUUAACAUUGUACCAGGGGACGGUAACCCCUCCUAUUAGACCCAUUUGGCCAGGGGGUGCUUUUUUGUUUUUUUGGUGGUGACGGUGGGGUUCGUUCUCUUCUCGCAUAGCCCCAGCGUUUAGCGCAUAACCUGGCGAAAGAAGUGAACGCUCAGUAAAUGGGGGUUAAAUGAACAACCGACAGUAGAGCGAAGAAUGAUGGAGGGGUGGGAUCAGAACCUAUUUUAUGUUGAGGGAGCAACUUGUGCAAAAGGCCUGAGAGCAACAAGUGAGCAAGAGAGCUUCUGGCCGGCUCAGAAGGUGCAGUUAUCCCCACUUUCUAGGAAGGAACCAAGUCCCUGGAUGGUAAAGUGACUUCUGGCAGCUCAAAGAUGCUGGAGCUGGGACUUCAAAGUGGACGGGCUGGCUCCAGAGCAGGCCCCUACCGCUGCACCAUCCUGUCUGGAAGGCAGUCGGCUGACCUGUCCUCUCCCCAUUGGCUUUAACCAGCUGCAUUAACCCGACUGGCCAUUCGCUGCCAAGCAGAGGCAACUUUCAGAGCUCCAGGACAAUUCAGGUACCAGGUGGCCCAAAGGAGGAGCUGCUGACCUGGCAGAGGACAACCGAGACUCGGGCCACAUCACGCAGCCACAAGUGGGAGAGACUGAAUCUGAACCCAGGAAAGGAGCCAUCUAGAGAGACUAGUACAGAGGAAGCAGGAUCCUUCUUUUCCCAGGAAUUUCGUAUCUUCCAGAGGCAAUAUGUCAGAAGGGGUGGGCACAUUCCGCAUGGUCACUGAAGAAGAACAGGAGCUCCGAGCCCAACUGGAACAGCUCACAACCAAGGACCAUGGGCCUGUCUUUGGCCCAUGCAGCCAGCUGCCACGCCAUACCUUGCAGAAGGCCAAGGAUGAGCUGAACGAGAGAGAGGAGACCCGGGAUGAGGCGGUGCGAGAGCUGCGGGAGCUGGUGCAGGCUCAGGCAGACUCCGGGGAGGAGCUGGCCGUGGCCGUGGCCGAGAGGGUACGCCAGAGGGACAGCGCCUUCCUCCUGCGCUUCAUCCGUGCCAGGAAGUUCAAUGUGGGCCGCGCCUAUGAGCUGCUCAGAGGUUACGUGAACUUCCGGCUGCAGUACCCUGAGCUCUUUGACAGCCUGACCCCGGAGGCCGUCCGCUGCACCAUCGAGGCUGGUUACCCCGGUGUCCUCUCUAGUCGGGACAAGUACGGCCGAGUGGUCAUGCUCUUCAACAUUGAGAACUGGCAAUGUCAAGAAAUCACUUUUGAUGAGAUCUUGCAGGCAUACUGCUUCAUCCUGGAGAAGCUACUGGAGAAUGAGGAAACGCAGAUUAACGGCUUCUGCAUCAUUGAGAACUUCAAGGGUUUUACCAUGCAGCAGGCCGCUGGGCUUCGUCCGACUGAUCUCAGGAAGAUGGUGGACAUGCUCCAGGACUCCUUCCCAGCCCGAUUCAAAGCCAUCCACUUCAUCCACCAGCCGUGGUACUUCACUACCACCUAUAAUGUGGUCAAGCCCUUCUUGAAGAGCAAGCUGCUCCAGAGGGUCUUUGUCCAUGGAGAUGACCUCUCUGGCUUCUACCAGGAGAUUGACGAGAACAUCCUGCCCUCUGACUUUGGGGGCACACUGCCCAAGUACGACGGCAAGGUGGUUGCUGAGCAGCUCUUUGGUCCCCGGGCCCAGGCUGAGAACACAGCCUUGUGAGAUGUCACCUGCCAUCUGAACUGUAGUUAGCACCCCUGGCUUCUCCUCAGCUGUCCUGGAUCCAAGGCUGGAGAAGGCCGCCUGAAGCUCCCUAAGCUCGGGUGACCUCAGGUGUUACCUUGCUCUCAAAGUUGGGGGGAAGGGGACAAUAGAGCGGGGCAGGGGCAGGGGCACAGGGAGUUCCUUUAAAUAAGAAUUGAAGGCAGCGAUUUUCUCACCUGUCUCUGAAGCUUAAGGACAGUGAUUUUUGUGUGAGGUUCAAUCUCAAAGACUCUAGUUAGGCCUUCUCGAUAAUUUCCUUUAUAACCUAUGUAGGGUCUGUAAAAACAAGCGAGGCAGCUGGGUUAAAAGCACCCCCCUCAAAAAAAAAUAAUAAAAAGAAGAUAAAAGAGGGAGGAUAUAAGUUCAAAUGAUUCGGCAAACGCAGUCAACUCGGUGGCUUGUCAGCGGGCGAGGGGUUCCGCACAGACUCUCAGGGUGGGAGCAGCCGGAAGCAGCUCCAUUCUGGGGUGUCCUGUUCCUCUCGGUCAGAUGCAUUUGAUGUGUGUCAUGACAGUCGGGACCUUGGAUCUCUUUCCGAGGUUCAGUCACGUGCCCUUCCAUCUGUCCGGGGGGCUCUCACCACAGAAGCACUCUCCUUCAGACCCCUUGCCUCAGUGGAUGGAUUUACUCAGCUCUGGAGGGGACAUCUGCUCUGAGCGGUCACCCUCACUUUCUUCCGGAAGAGCUCUCCUUUGUCCUCGGUCUCAGGCACUUCACAGGGAUAAACUCACACUUUCUGAGUCUGCGUAUUUUGAUAAAUACAGAUGCUUUCCUUCUAUGGAGUUGG